AUGGACUUUUAUGAAUUAAAUCAUCUUAAUGAUCAUGAACUUGACAUUGUGAUGAAGGAAUUCGAAGGGCACCUUAGGAAAAUUUUAGUCGACUAUCUUAAUAACGUUAAUUAUAAUAAAAACUAUUGUCAAGAAUCUCUUCUCCUUAUCCGUACGGUUUAUGAAAAUUAUCCUUUAAUCGAAUAUUUGUCACUCGCAUUUUCAAGAACAACGAUUCAUUUUGUUGAAUUUGAAAAUUUAUUAAAAACAUGUCGAAUGUUGAAGACAUUAUUAUUACAUAUCACUAUUUCAUCUUAUACUCCCAAAUCGUUUGAGGAGGAAUCACGAGAAAAAUUAUCAAGUGUAUUAAUAAAAUCAGCACCAGAAAAUUUAAGAGAAAUUAGAUUAAUGGAAAUGGAAUUUCCAUUGGAAACCUUUGAUGCUUUUUUAGAUAAUUGGAGAGGUCGAACUCCACUUUCGAUAAUUGCAAGUGUUCCCUUAUAUCAAAAAGAAGAAUUUAUGAAAAUAUUAAUUAAGUACAUGGACAAUGUGGGAUAUUUACUUUGGUAA